AUGGCAAUCUCAUCGCUCGCCUGCAUCAUUGAUGCUAUCAGCCAUGUACUCCUGCGAUUCUUCCACCUCGAGUCAACCCUCCGAUUCUUCGCCAAAUACACCACUAACACGCCCGCAAACCUAAACAUCCUGGAAUUCUCUGACCUCUGCAGCGCUAUCACGAACAGCCUCGUCCAGCUCCGCUUCCUCCUGCUCGUUACCGCCACUGCCCUCUUUUACAGGCACAGCACUACUCUCAGCAUUUGGGCCAUUCCGUGCCUCUUCCUCAUCGUCCUGCUUGCUGGGUGGUAUCUCGUCUGCAUUUUCCGGAAACAUCGCAAUAUCGGCACUGAGGACGACCCCUCGGCACAGCCCACGAAGAGCUUAGCGUCGCUCUGCCUCAACAUCUGCUGCCUCACCAUCAGCCUUGUCCUCACCAUCGUCGUCAAAGUGAUGGUUGACGCUACGCUUGAAGUCCAGAUGUCGGUUCCCUGCACGCUGUACGAGUGCUAUCUCGCAACCGGGAAGCGUCCCUUGGGCGCGGCUACCAAGCGCGAUAUUGCUGGGUGGCUGGCUAUUCUGAUCGCUUGCUAUGCGCUUUACAUAGCAACUUUUACAGUACCGGAUAAUGAGACGCUGAGGUCGCCGGAGCGUGGCGACGUGGUCCGCGAACAGAUCAGACAGAUUGGGAUGCUCGUGUUGCAUCAUGUUGCCCGUAGAAAUACUGCAGCGUGGAGAGCGGUGGCUGAGCGGUAUGAGGCUAGAGAGGCGGGGCGUGGAGGGGAGUAG